AAAUCUCGCCGACCAAUCAGGCAGCUCAUCAGCGCGUAGCCCAUCCUCUUCCGCCACAAACCAAAACACGGGAGAUUUAUUCAUCUCCAAGACAACGUGUUUUGAAACACCAAGAUUAAAGGAAUUAAAGUAUACAAUGGCUCAGGACGGGGUGAUACUGCAAUUCAACUUUUCCACAUUCGGGGACUCGAUGCUUCAAAAAAUGGAUGCUCUUCGUAGAGAUAGACGCUUCUGUGAUGUCAUCGUGCGCAUCAAUGAUUUAGAAGUCCCUGGACACAAAGUUGUGUUUGCUGCUGGCUCUCCCUUCCUCAGAGACCAGUUUUACCUUCAGGACUCGAAUGAAGUACAAAUAUCCACGCAACAGGACGCAGAAGUCGGAGAGCGACUUCUUCUAUCCUGCUACACCGGGACACUCGAGUUUCCAGAGCUGGAAUUGGUACACUAUUUAACGGUUGCUAGUUUCCUACAGAUGGGUCACAUCGUGGAGCAGUGCACUGAAGCCCUAAACAAAUUCAUAAAACCGCACGAGGUCAAAGAUGAAUCGUCUCGGCAGCCUUCGAACGCACAGCGUGCCUCAUCUCUCGUGGAGACGAUUUGUGAUGAUAAUGAUGAAGAUGAAGUGGACAACGAUGGGGAAGAUGACUCGGAUGAAGAUGACGAUGUGAUCAUAGAGCCAAAAUCUCAGCCUGCUUUUAGAAACAGAGGAGAGAACAGUCCUAUCAGCAUCAUUAAGGUCGAGUCAAUAAAUGACCGAGUGCCGGAAAUCACCGAAAACUUCCAGCGCUCGACUCGUUCUCCCGCACUGCGCUCACCGGAGCCUCAACAUUCCCUGAUAAACUCCACAGUAGAAACACGACCUACUGAUGCUGCCGUUAACCCUGCGGCCGAAUAUUCCCUGUCCUCGCCCGGACCCAGCGGCUCCGGGAAGGGGAAUCUUUGGGGAUGCUCACGGAAUGCAGACAAAGGUAUGCAGUGGUACCAUCAGUGCCCAAAAUGUGCUCGCGUAUUCCGUCAAAUAGAAAACUAUGCCAAUCAUCUGAAGAUGCACAAGUUGUUUAUGUGCCUCUUGUGUGGAAAGACGUUUACCCAAAAAGGAAACCUGCACCGGCACAUGCGGGUCCAUGCCGGCAUCAAGCCCUUUCAGUGUAAGAUAUGUGGCAAGACUUUCACUCAGAAGUGUUCGCUGCUAGACCAUUUGAACCUUCACAGUGGAGACAAACCACACCGUUGUAAUUACUGUGACAUGGUGUUCGCACAUAAACCAGUUUUGCGCAAACACCUGAAGCAGAUUCAUGGCAAGAACAGUUUUGACAAUGCCAAUGAAGGAAACCUGCUAGAAGGACUAUAAAUGUAUAUUUACAUCUAAAAUGAUAAUUAUAUAAAAGGUACAGAAUUUUUUUUGUAUAGUAAACAUGUUCGUAGUUGUAUCAUGAGUGUACUAAAUUAAUCUGUUUAUACAAAUAGAAAAAAAUUGUGUUGAAUUUACUUUUAAAUGCUGCUGUGUAGGGUUGCACAAUGUAUAGUUACAGCAUCAACAAAGCAAUGUGCGCAUCUGCAAUAGUCACAACAUGGAAAAUGCUUGACUGUUUUUUUAAAGGGGACAUUUCACAAGACUUUCUUAAGAUGUAAAAUUAAUCUUUGGUGUCCCCAGAGUACAUAUGUGAAGUUUUAGGAAAAAUUCUGAUUUUUAUGAUAUGUCCCCUUACUAAACUAUAGCAAGUUAGGUACAUACAGUAAUACCACCACACAAAUAUUUUCCUCAAGUUUCCAGAGCUAUAAAAAAUGUAAGGCCAAAGUUAAAUCCUCUCUUUUUAGGUGUUCUGGCAAUUCAUCAAAGAGAUUUUAAUAGUGCUAUUAGGGCUGGGUGAUUUGUCCCCCUAAAAAAAUCUGUGAUUUUUAUAUAUUUUUUUUUAUAAAAAACUUGAUUUACGAUUCGAUUAGAUUUUUCCCCCGCCCCCAUUUAAAACAAAAUAAUUGCAAACUGUACAUAUAUUUUAAAAAUAUAUAUUUAUUAUAUUUAAUUAAAAUGCAUCAACAUGUAAUUUACGUGAAUCCAAACCAACUCCACACGACUGAAUUCGAAGAGCAUUUUUUGGAGGAGCUGCUCUCUUUCGCCAGCUGUUUUUGCCAUGUUGUUUGUGUAAUGUGUAUGCAUGCGCUGUCCUCGGGACAGGGGAGGGGCAGAGGGCUGCGCUGCAGGGAGCGUGCUGCGGAAACCCUGAAGGAAGAUUCGGCGAAUGCAAAAUGUAUGUACUGCGCUAUACUGCUGAGGGGGAGAAAAUAAAUCUAAAAAAACGAUUUUUUUUACAUAUGAUUCGAUUUGACCUACCAACUCGAUUUUAAAAUCAAAUCGUUUUUUCCCCAGCCCUAAGUGCUAUGUGUCGAAGAAAAACAAAAAUAUUUCAAUGUCAGUCCCCCACCAAUAUUGUGCAGCCCUGCUGCUGUGGCAUGUUUUAAGUUAUAUCUUUUGUAAAGAUCUCCAUGUACAGUUGCGGUAUAUCUGAACAGAUUUUAUUUCAGUUUUGACUAAGCCAACACUGCUAACUAUAAGAAUAUGCUUUUGUAUUUUUCAUUUAAAAUACAGCUGUGCUUGGACACUGUGUAAAAUUUGGUCUAUUUUGUAUGUCUCCAUAAUUUCAAGUGUACACACAACUUUGAGAACAUUGAUGUGACUUUAUAUAAUAUAUAAUAACAUCAAAUGUGGAAUGAAGCAUGUUUUUUGUGAGUGUUUAUAUUUUACAUGCAAGAAAAAUUAGGGAUGCACCGACUGUACAGCAAUCGACAUGAUUAAGCUGAAAAUAGCAAAAAAUCUCUCGUUUAUAAUUUUUUUAAAAUGAUAAAAUAUUGCCACUUUUUAUAAAUGACUUAACCGUGCACUUAAUUUUUUUAUUUUAAAUUCACGUGCCUUCAUAAUCUUUUUUUUUUUUUUUCAAUAUGUUUUAUUGUCAUUUUCUCAUUUUAUAACCCCAGAACAAUUACACUUGCUUACACCUCUUCACAUAUACAUCUUCCAUUAAUAUUUCU